UUUUUUUCAAUUAUUUUCUGAGAACAAAUCGCGUUGGAGAGAGAUAGAGAGAGAGGGGUCAGAAAAAAAAAGAGAGAAAGGCGACUGGGUGCUGUGCUCGACGCCCUAGCAAACCUCGGCCUCCUUCUCUUCUUCUUCUUCCUCGUCGGCCUCCUUCUCUUCUUCUCUUAUUAUUUCUCUAAACUCUCUGAUUUUUGGUUUAUCUCUUCAUAUUCAUGCUAAGAACUGAUAGAUCUGUGUUGUGGUUGUCGAAAGCUGAUAGAUUAAGGUUCGUGCUGUGUACAAGAAGUACUCAAAGAUCGAGAACGGAGGUGUUGCUUUGGUUUCACCAACCAAGUCGCUAUUGGGUUCUGCUGCUGCUGAUUCGAAGAAGCCUUGAGUGAUGGCAGAAGAAGGCGAUGGACAGGGCUAGAGAAGAAAGAGACAGGAAGAAGCAGACAACGUAGAGUUUAGGUUUUUGGUUUAUUAGGUUUGUGAUAAGAUACUAAGAGAACGUGGCCAUCUCCAUAAAUUAAUUGUUAAGAUAGUUUAGUUUCCAUAUUGCAUUUUAUUUAGUGGGAUUAUGCUUCCUUAACUUAAGGGUGUGUAUUGCUUCUUACCCACGUUUGUUUCACGUAGCAGUUAGUUUAUUUCUUUAGUAUUGUAUUUAAGCAUGAGUUGAGAAGAGAAGAAAUAUGAAAAGAAAAUUGCAGUAAACUUGUCCUUGAGAACCCAAGUGUUCUUGUUCUUGUGUUCUUGUUUUGAUCAACAUUGAUUGCCCUUGGCAAGGGACCUAUCAAUGGUAUCAGAGCAGUUCUGUUCUUGUUGACGGCAUUCCGACGAAUCAACGUUCAGCAGGAACCAAACUAUCCUUGGAGGCAUAAUCUAUGGACCUCUACACCGAGAUCUAUGGAGCCCCUAUCUUUGAUGUCUAUGACGAUGAAGAGCCAAGCUAUGAUGUCUAUGAUGAUGCGGUUCCGAUUAAUGGUGAUGAAGACUCGCCGUUUCUAGGCUUUGAGUAUUUUGAAAAAAAUAUUCAAGCCAUGGAUUCAAAGAUUGUUGAAGACUCAAGCUUUGCUCCUUUACCGAACAAGGACUUAUUCAAAGAAUUCAUUGAUGUGUCCCAUAUUGAAGCCGUUAUCACACGACUUUGGAUCCAAAGCGUUGCGCACAAAACAUAUGGGCUCUCCAUUACUGCUCCUACGCAUCCAAUCCAAAGCCAUGAACUGCCGACCUCAAAACCAAAGAUGCUCAACGAAGAACAACCAGUUCCUGGUAAACCACCACCGUUACGAGAUAAGAAGUUCACACCGUCAUGUGUAUUCAGAAAAGGGGUUCUAGCUACAAGUCAUUCACCUCCACUCCGCCACAAUGCGAUUCUUCUUAUCAAACCUGAACGUGUCUUCCAAAGUCGGCUUGUGAGACAAGAAAGCGUUUGUUUUCUGGAUGUUUUAUUAUGUGGAAAUUAUUUGCUCCUCAGAAAGCUACGUGGAUUCAGAGAAGCUUCAAUGUUUUGUGUCAAACCUUGAGGACAAGGUUGUUUGGAGGAUGGGAGUAUU